AUGUCGCCUCCCAAAUCAAUAGAGAAGACCCUCUCGAGGGAAGAGAACAGGCGCAGGGCCAUGGCCGCCGUGCAGGCUAUUUUCGAUCGGUACAAGCUCGUCCAGGCCGGUGUGGGCCUGCCGGCCUUCGACAACGCGACCAUGGCCAACUGCACCGUGGUGGACGCUUCCAUCGGCCCGCCGCACGCCGUGCCCACCAACGCGGCCGGCCUGCCUGCGCCGGAGGCGGGCGUCAGGGCGUCGUGCACGACCAGGCUGCUCAUCGGCGCCGAGCUGGGUAACUACAACGGCGUCAUGCAUGGUGGUGCCGCCGGGGUUAUUUUUGAUAUGCUCACUACGAUUGCGCUGGGCCCGGUCGCGCGGCCCGGGUUUUGGACAUUCUUGGGCGGCGUGACGCGCACGCUGAAUAUCAGCUAUCUAAAGGCUGUGCCAAUCGGCACGACUGUCAUCGUCCACUCCUAUGUCUACCAGGUAGGCAGGCAGACGGCUUACAUCAAGGGAUGGAUGACGAGCGAGGAUGGCAAGACUACGUAUGCGGUCUGCGACCACCACAAGAUCCACGUGCCUACGCCGGCGGGGCACUUGAAGCUCAAGGUUCCGUGGGACGAGCAGUGGGACGAGGAUGGAAAGGAGAAGACGGCAUCCAAGUUAUGA